CUAGGUUUAAGAAGUUAUCCUAGCUGAGUUUUCCUUACUGCUUUGUCACCAUGGAUUUGAAAAUUGUGCUUACUUUAAUCUACUUUAAGAAAGCAUUUAAAUUAAUCAUAUGCUACUGGGAUAUAAAUUAAUCCCAAUGGAAUUAAUUCAUAAAUGGCGAUUUCAUGUAAACACUACUGGUCAACCCAUUGAGGCUAAUUAGGCGAGUAGAAAGCACUCUCAGUGCCUCUUAAUGGAUAGCAUUGGCUCCUUUGGCACAAAGAUGCUGACUCGUAUUUCUUAUAAAAUAGUUGCAGUUUGCUACGUUAGUGUUAGGGGAUUUAACUCGCAUUAGGGAGGAAGAACUACUAUGACAAGUUCAGGGAAGACACUAGAGGUCUGUUCUGAAAGAGUGGGUUCUACUCUGCCUUUUUAAAGAUAAAUGGGCACAUGUUCAAGCACUAUUAGCUGAUGUGCUGUGCUCUUAGUUCCUGUUUGGGGCAUAGGUCUCCUAACAGGCUGUGCUUCUGAGGGUCCAUUUGACUAUAGAUUUUCACUUUGCUAGAAACUAGUUACUUUAUGUUGGAGGUUCCAAAGAGAUGCAAAUGAGAAAUUAAGACAUGCACUAGCCUUUUUAGAACAGCAAAAGUAUUUUGUUAAAUUAAUAUGUGUAAUUGAGUUAUGUCCCUUAUGAUUUAGACUUUAGUCAAAAUAAAAGAUAAACAACUUACAAAACUCGUGGCAGUCCUGGCUGAUGCUGUUAGACUUAUAAGGGAAAAUGUUAAGACUAUAACCUACCUCUGGUUAGAGUCCAGCACUUUGUUUCCUUGAAUCACGUUGGUGGCAAAAAUCUUAAGGGAAUCCAGUGAGCAAAGCAACACAGGACAGUCUGUAUUAAAUUAACCCCGUUUUGUACCUGGCCAAACAAGUAAGCGUCCAGGUUAGAAGAUUUGCUCCAGACCACACACAUGAGGGUCAAAGUUGAGCAGAAGUUCAGAGCUACUGUUUACACACCAUUGAGGGUCAGUGGUCCCUUUCCUUGGUGUCCAUGGUGUGUUGGCAUACAGGCAGCCUAAGGGCUCUGAAACUCCUUAUAACCCCUUCUGAACUGCAGUGAAGAGCUAGCAUUCUUUGGAUGGCAUCAAAAGCAUAUGGCAAACCCAAUAUCCAUAUUCAGUCCUACAUACUAUUCAUUCUCUAAUUUCGAGAAUAGUUUCAUUUUGCAGGCAGUGUGACAUUAGUUGAGGGACUUUACAAAAAAAGAGCUGGGGAAUCUUCAGAUGACAGAAAUAUUGGCUUUGAGGAAGGAACUUUAGAAUUUAAAGGUAUUGUCAACUUUAUAGACUGGAAAUAGGUUUUUACCUUAUAAAAAGGAGUUUAGUUUCGAACAGGCUAGGGUGGCCCCUGAUUUGAAUUCCCAGAGGACACUGCUGGUCCUUGUUGGAAGAAUCCUGCCAUACCAGUGCAGAAGCUGCAGGACAUCCAGAGAGCAAUGGAGCUGUUGUCGGCGUGCCAGGGCCCCACCAGGAACAUCGGUGAGGCUGCCAAACACAGAUACCAGUUUUGGGACACACAGCCGGUACCCAAACUAAAUGAAGUGAUAACAUCUCAUGGUGCAAUUGAAGCAGAUAAAGACAAUGUGCGCCAAGAACCGUACUCCUUGCCACAGGGCUUUAUGUGGGACACGUUAGAUUUGGGUAAUGCAGAAGUGCUCAAGGAGUUGUACACCUUGUUAAAUGAGAAUUACGUAGAGGACGAUGACAACAUGUUCCGGUUUGACUAUUCGCCCGAGUUCCUGCUGUGGGCUCUGCGUCCCCCAGGCUGGCUUCUUCAGUGGCACUGUGGAGUCAGAGUGUCUUCGAACAAAAAACUGGUAGGGUUCAUAAGUGCCAUCCCAGCAAAUAUUCGGAUUUACGACAGUGUGAAGAAGAUGGUGGAAAUCAACUUUCUUUGUGUUCAUAAAAAAUUGAGAUCAAAACGGGUAGCCCCAGUGUUAAUUCGAGAAAUAACUAGAAGAGUGAACCUGGAAGGGAUUUUCCAGGCCGUUUAUACUGCUGGCGUGGUUCUUCCAAAGCCAGUGGCCACAUGCAGAUACUGGCAUCGGUCACUAAACCCCAGAAAAUUGGUAGAAGUGAAAUUUUCUCACUUGAGUAGAAACAUGACUUUACAGAGAACAAUGAAGCUGUACAGACUUCCCGAUGUGACAAAGACUUCAGGCUUGAGACCAAUGGAACCAAGAGAUGUCAAAGCAGUUCGAGAAUUAACCAACAGUUACCUGAAGCAGUUUCACCUUGCCCCGGUGAUGGAUGAAGAGGAAGUAGCCCACUGGUUCCUCCCCCAGGAGCACAUUAUUGACACGUUUGUAGUGGAGAACUCCAGUGGUAAACUUACUGACUUCCUGAGCUUCUACACACUCCCCUCCACAGUCAUGCACCACCCUGCUCAUAAGAGCCUCAAGGCUGCCUACUCCUUCUACAACAUUCACACGGAGACGCCCCUGUUAGACCUCAUGAAUGAUGCGCUCAUUAUAGCUAAAUUGAAAGGAUUUGAUGUAUUCAAUGCACUAGAUUUGAUGGAAAAUAAGACAUUCUUGGAAAAACUCAAGUUUGGAAUAGGAGAUGGCAAUUUACAGUAUUACUUGUACAAUUGGAGGUGUCCAGGAACAGAUUCUGAAAAGACUCUAUCAGGGACUCCUGUUGACUACCUUCAAAAUAUACCCAGAAUCUGAACUAUUUCUCACUAC